AUGUCCUCACCCAUCGUCGACUCGGUCAAGGCCUUGAGCCUCAACAGCUCGGCAAACGGCACCAAUGCCUCCAAAUACCCGGAAUUUACCGUUCGAAACAUCUGCUGCGUUGGUGCUGGUUAUGUCGGCGGUCCUACCGCGGCAGUUCUCGCCUUCCAGAACCCUCACAUCACGGUCACCGUCGUCGACCGUGACCAGACCCGAAUCCGUCGCUGGAAUUCGAGACACCCGCCCAUUUACGAACCCGGCCUGCAUGACAUUGUUCGCAUCGCCCGCGACGGCAGUCGCGAGACCUUCUUCUCCAACGAGGCCACCAGCGACGCCGACACCGUCAACUCCGACUUUGGCGACCUCCGUGUCGCUCCCCGUCAGAGCAACCUCUUCUUCACCACUGAUGUGGCCGGUAGCAUCGCCGAAGCCGAUGUUGUCCUCAUCUCGGUCAACACACCCACCAAGGAGCGCGGCAUCGGUGCUGGCAGCGCCACCGACAUGACUGCUUUCGAGGCCGUCACUGCCGUCGUCGCCCAAAACGCCCGCGAGGGUGCCAUCAUCGUCGAGAAGAGCACCGUUCCUUGCCGCACGGCCCAGCUCGUUGCCGAGACUAUCUCCAUGCACCGCCCUGGCGUCCAUUUCGAGAUUCUCUCCAACCCCGAAUUCCUCGCUGCCGGCACCGCCGUCAACGAUCUGCUCUAUCCCGACCGUAUCCUCAUCGGCUCCGCCCCUACUGCCACUGGUAAGCUGGCCGCCGAGGCUCUCGUCAACGUCUACGCUGCCUGGGUCCCCCGCGAGCGCAUCCUGACUACCAACGUCUGGUCCUCUGAGCUGGCCAAGCUCGUUGCCAAUUCCAUGCUGGCCCAACGAAUUUCCAGCAUAAACUCCAUUUCUGCUGUCUGCGAGCAGACUGGCGCCGACGUCGACGAGGUCGCCCGCGCUGUUGGUGUGGACCCCCGUAUCGGCAACAAGUUCCUCGUCGCUGGUAUUGGUUUUGGUGGCAGCUGCUUCAAGAAGGAUGUUCUCAACCUCGUCUACCUUGCCGACACUAUGGGUCUCCCUGAGGUCGGCGAGUACUGGCGCCAAGUUGUCAAGAUGAACGAGUACGCCCGCGACCGCUUCACCAACCGCGUCAUCAAGUGUCUCAACAACACCUUGGUUGGCAAAAAGGUCUGCAUUCUCGGCUACGCCUUCAAGAAGAACACUUCCGACACCCGUGAGGCUCCUGCUCUGGAGAUGAUCAAGACCCUGCUCGAGGAGCGUCCACGCGAGAUUGCCGUUUUCGAUCCUUGCUGCAACCCGCUAGUCAUCAAGAACGAAAUCCGUUCCCUGCUCGGGCCUCUGGCCGAGAGCAACAACAUUUCCGUCUACGGCAACGCCUAUGACGCCUGCGACGAUGCCACUGCCGUCGUCAUUGCCACCGAAUUCGACGAGUUCCGCAAUCAGCCUGUGCCCAAGCCCGCCGCGCCCUCGGCCGAUGCUGCGCCCAAGACAAUUGGUGGCAAGCCCAACCCCAAAUCGGAUCCCCGUCCCUUCAAGUCCAACACGCCUUCUGAAAAUGAUAUCCUGGCGCUCCACAAGCACCUCGCUCAGCGCGAGAAUGGACAGGGACACGAUCCGCUCAACCGCUUCAACACUGAGCCCUCGUGCGACAGCGCCUGUCCCGAUUGCCAGCAGGAGCAGGAGACCAAGUUGACUGGCCAUGCCACUGGCAUGGGCAGCGCUGAGGAGUACAAGUCCAAGGAGCGUCUUGACUGGGAGCGCAUUGCUGACUCGAUGACGAUUCCCCGCUGGGUGUUUGAUGGCCGUGGUGUCAUUGACUCGCGCGAAAUGGUCAAGCUUGGGGUCCGUGUUGAGAGCGUUGGUCGUCAACACCGGUUCUAA